UACUUGGAUUUUAUAAUGAAGAGAUUAUAUCAGAAAUCACUACUGACAUUUUGUUUUUUCCAUUAUUCAUAAAUUUUGACAAGUUUACUAUAGUAGUUUCAAAUAUUGGAUUUUCUUCACGUGAAGAUCUUCUAUACGCUGGUUCUGGUUACACAUCAUCUUUAUUAUCACGCCGUGGUUCAGAAACUUACCUUAUUUUACAACAAGUUUUAGACGAUCAUUGUAGUUUACAGGUUUAUAAAGGUAGUAAUGAAGUAUAUCAAUACGUUGGUGAAACUCCAACUGUCGUUUGGAAGAAUUAUGGAAUGUAUGAAAAGAAGGAUCAUCUUGCACUUUUUGGGCUAAAAGAUCCGAAGGUUCGAGCAUUAUUAACGAAUGAAAAAGAAUAUAUGACAUGCAUGAUAUGUACAUCACUUAAAUGGAACGACACAUCAAUUUUACAACCAAUUUUUGACUUGCACAUUAAACGUAGAAAAAUUUCAAUACCUAAUGAAGACUGGCACGUUCUUUUUACUAAAUGGCUCACACAAGAUAUAGUCGAGGUAGCGAAAGGGCUUUCUGGAACAUCGUUAGCCGAAAUUAAAAUAAAUCGUGAUGAUAGAAGUAGUGGAUCAGAAGCUGAAGACAUCGAGUUAAAUCAAAAAAAAAAUAAUAAAAAUUCAAAGCAAAAAAAAAAGCAAAAAUCAAAACCAUGA